AUGCAAAAAGCGCAUACAAAGAAGAAUGACAGCGGAACGCGAGAUAUCAGGCCCACAAGUGCAGCAUUCGCCAAUGACAGCUCUGAGUCUCAGCCCAUUCUCUAUCGGCACGAUAAUAGAACCCUGGGAGGGAUCAAUGUUCCAGUCUGCCCGGGGAGCCUAAUGCCAAGCUUCGAUGGCUAUUACGAAACUGAUGGCCCUUAUCAAGGUCCUGUCUGGGCCUUGGCUCGAGGCCAUGCUGUCCAAGACCGUGGUUGA